CAGUCCAGGCCGUGCGAUGGCGUUCGGGGCCCGGGGCUGGCGGCCCCGGUCGCUGCUCCUGCUGCUGCUCUGGGUGACCGGGCAGGCGGCGCCCGUGGCGGGCCUGGGUGUGAGCUCGGAGCUUCAGAUCGAGCGGCGCUUCGUGCCUGACGAGUGUCCGCGCACGGUGCGCAGCGGCGACUUCGUGCGCUACCACUACGUGGGAACUUUCCCCGAUGGCCAGAAGUUCGACUCCAGCUAUGACAGAGACUCCACCUUCAAUGUGUUUGUGGGAAAAGGCCAGCUGAUUGCAGGGAUGGACCAAGCCCUGGUCGGGAUGUGCGUAAACGAGAGGCGUUUCGUGACGAUCCCUCCAAACCUCGCCUAUGGAAGUGAAGGAGUUUCUGGUGUGAUCCCUCCAAACUCAGUACUUCAUUUUGAUGUGCUCCUGAUGGAUAUUUGGAAUUCUGAAGACCAGGUUCAGAUUCAGACGUAUUUCAAGCCCCCCACUUGUCCUCGGACUAUCCAGGUGUCUGAUUUUGUGAGGUACCAUUACAACGGAACGUUCUUGGACGGGACACUGUUCGAUUCCAGCCACAAUCGAAUGAAAACCUACGACACGUACGUGGGAAUUGGAUGGCUGAUUCCGGGAAUGGACAAAGGGCUGCUGGGCAUGUGUGUUGGGGAGAAACGUAUCAUCACCAUCCCUCCUUUUCUGGCCUAUGGAGAAGAGGGAGAUGGGAAAGACAUCCCUGGGCAGGCGUCCCUAGUCUUUGAUGUUGCAUUGUUGGACCUCCAUAACCCCAAGGAUAGUAUUUCCGUUGAGAACAAGGUGGUUCCUGAGAACUGUGAUAGAAGAAGUCAGAGUGGGGACUUCCUCAGGUAUCAUUACAACGGCACACUUCUGGAUGGCACCCUCUUUGAUUCCAGCUACUCACGGAACCACACCUUUGACACAUACAUUGGGCAGGGCUAUGUGAUUCCUGGGAUGGAUGAAGGCUUACUUGGUGUUUGCAUUGGAGAGAGGCGAAGGAUUGUGGUCCCUCCUCACCUGGGCUAUGGAGAAGAAGGAAGAGGGAACAUUCCUGGCUCAGCUGUGCUGGUGUUUGACAUCCACGUGAUUGACUUCCACAACCCUUCAGAUUCCAUCAGCAUCACUUCCCACUACAAGCCUCCUGACUGCUCGGUGCUGAGUAAGAAGGGGGAUUACCUGAAAUACCACUACAAUGCCUCACUCCUGGAUGGGACUCUGCUGGACUCCACGUGGAACUUAGGCAAAACUUAUAACAUUGUGUUGGGAUCUGGACAAGUCGUGCUGGGGAUGGACAUGGGUCUCAGAGAGAUGUGCGUGGGAGAAAAGCGAACAGUGAUCAUUCCACCCCACCUGGGCUAUGGAGAGGCCGGUGUAGAUGGAGAGGUGCCUGGCAGUGCCGUCCUGGUGUUUGACAUUGAACUGCUGGAACUCGUGGCUGGCCUUCCGGAGGGGUACAUGUUCGUAUGGAAUGGCGAAGUGGCUCCCAACCUCUUUGAAGAAAUCGACAAGGAUGGCAAUGGGGAAGUCCUCCUGGAGGAGUUCUCAGAGUACAUUCAUGCCCAAGUGGCCUCAGGCAAAGGGAAGCUGGCUCCCGGCUUUAAUGCUGAAAUGAUUGUGAAGAACAUGUUCACCAACCAGGACCGGAAUGGAGACGGGAAGGUCAUGGCCGAGGAAUUUAAACUCAAGGACCAGGAAGCCAAACAUGAUGAACUGUAAGCCUGACGUGAACCAGUUUGUGCCAAGAAGUGCAUGACACCAAGUGACCUGUCAUGGCAGAGCAUGCUGUCAAGGUGUGAAGGUUUCUAGGAAGGUAUGACGUUAGCAAGUAGUAGGUGGGCCGUGUAGUACCUGGUGCAUACAUUGGGGUGGGUUGAUGUCUGUGGUGAGAACUUGGGCAGAUUUCAAGUGAUAGUAAAUAGAAUCUGUGCAGAGGGCCUUGACAUUGGGGAAGUCUACGCUGCCAGACUGUGUUUAUGGGUCUUCUGGGAAGUUGUGUUACUAAAGGAACAUUAUUUCAUAGAAGACAUAGCUGUUAUUGGAGGAAACAGAAGUGCCAGGUGUCUACCUAAAGAGAAUUAUUAUUUUUUUUAAUCUUGCUGGUGUCUUAAAAAAGGGUUCACUACAUGGGCAGCAAGAGAGCAUAAAUGCUCCUGCAAGGUUCCCUGACAGCAGCCAGUGCUCUUAGUGCCCUGCACAAGCUCUGGUGAUACCAGGCCCUGUGCACCACCCCUACAAAUCCCCAUUUCAUGCUUUUCCAGUUCACGCCCUACACUGGCCGCUCUCUACUUGGUAGUGUAACUUGAAGGUUUAACAGGAGCUUCCUGGAUAGGAAAAUACACAGACCAGGU